AUGAGAAGUUCUUUAAUGGAAAAAAUGGAGUCACUUCUUAACAUUUGGAUAGAAGAUCAAAAUCAGCGAAGAAUGCCAUUAAGUCAAAUGGUAAUUCAAAAGAAAGCACUAACUUUAUUUGAAGAUCUGAGAGAAGAUUAUCCAUUAUCAAGUGCCGAAAGUGCGGAAGAAUUUGAUGCAAGCAGAGGUUGGUUCGACCGUUUUAAAAUCCGUGGAAAUUUGCAUAGCAUUGCAUUAAAAGGAGAAUCUGCUAGUGCUGAUACUUCAGCUGCAGAAAAGUUCAAACUUGAAUUAAAAGCAAUUAUUGAAGAAGGUGGGUAUUCUGCACAACAAGUUUUAAACGCUGAUGAAACGGGACUUUUUUGGAAACGUUUGCCAGGAAGAACGUACAUUUCUAAAUCCGAAAAAUCUUCGCCAGGUUAUAAAUCUAGCAAAGAUAGACUUACACUUCUUUUGGGAGGAAAUGCAGCGGGAGAUUUUAAAUUUAAGCCAUUUUUAAUUUACCACUCUGAAAACCCGAGAGCUUUUAAAAAUGUUAAAAAGAGCGAGCUUUUUGUUCAUUGGCGCGCAAAUAAAAUAGCAUGGAUGACUGCAUCCUUAUUUAGAGAUUGGAUGAACAAUUGUGCUGCUCCCGAGCUAAAGGCUUAUUGUUCUUCAAAAAAUAUUGAGUUUAAAAUGCUCUUGUUAGUUGACAAUGCACCAGGUCAUCUUGUUUUUUCAGACGAUUAUUCGGAAAAUAUUAAUGUUAUUUUUAUGCCCCCAAAUACAACAUCUGUGAUACAACCAAUGGAUCAAGGUGUUAUAUCCAACUUCAAGUCAUACUAUCUGCGUCGAACAUGUCAUCAACUUCUAAAAGCAACUGACGGAGAUAACAUGCCAUCCAUGAAAGAGUUUUGGAAGAAUUACAAUAUCCUGAUGGCUAUUCAAAAUAUAAACCUAUCUUGGAAAGAAGUAAAAGAAUCGAGCAUGAACGGAACUUGGCGUCAAUUAUGGCCCGAAUGUGUUCUCAAAGAUAUGGAAGAUAUUAAUGAUGUUCCCCACACAUGUAAAGAACUUGCAGAAUCAGCUAGAAAUGCAAAUUUUUAUGGAAUGGAAGAACAAGUUAAAUUGUAG